GAGGGGCCAAAGGUGCAGAGGCUCGACAAAGCCUCUGCUGGUUAUAAAGCUGCGGUCUUCCAGGCUGGCGCCGGCGCGGUUACGGAGCGGGUGGGUUGCGCGUGGCUCUCCUUCCCGAGGUCUCUCUAUUCGCCGCCAUGGCUGUUCGUGGCAGUUUCGCUCGGCUCCUCCAUCAAGCGGGCUCCCCUCUGCUGGUCCCUCGGAAGCUCUCCCAUUCGGUGGCCAUCAUUGGGGCUCCCUUCUCCCGGGGCCAGAAAAAAAGAGGAGUGGAUCACGGUCCUGAAGUGAUCCGGAAUGCGGGACUGGUCGGAAAGCUCUCCAGCAUGGGUUGUCAGGUAUAUGAUUUUGGAGACUUAAGUUUCACCCCGGUGCCCAAUGAUGAACUGUACAACAACCUGGUCAAGUACCCACGCUCUGUAGGAUUAGCUAGCCAACUUCUGGCUGACGCUGUGAAUGGAGCUCUGGCAGCUGGACAUAGCUGCAUAACCAUUGGAGGUGAUCAUAGUUUAGCACUUGGUUCCAUCAGUGGACACGCAAGGCAGUACCCACAUCUCUCUGUGAUCUGGGUUGAUGCCCAUGCUGAUAUUAACACUCCACUCACAAGCCAAUCAAGAAAUCUCCAUGGGCAGCCAGUUUCAUUUCUUUUAAGAGAACUUCAGGAUAAGGUGCCAUUGCUUCCUGGAUUUUCCUGGCUGAAGCCCUGUCUUUCAUCGUCAGAUAUUGUAUAUAUUGGUCUGAGAGAUGUUGAUCCUGCUGAACAUUAUAUUCUGAAGAACUAUGGAAUUCAAUACUUUUCAAUGAGACAUAUUGAUGAUCUUGGAAUCCAGAAAGUGAUGGAAAAAACAUUCGAUCAUCUUUUGGGAAGAGGGCCAAGACCAAUCCAUCUGAGCUUCGACAUUGAUGCCUUUGAUCCAUCCCUGGCUCCAGCAACAGGGACACGUGUCUUAGGUGGAUUAACGUAUCGUGAAGGCAUGUACAUUUCUGAAGAAAUACACAACACAGGUCUGCUUUCAGCUAUGGACCUUGUAGAAGUAAAUCCAUUCCUUGGCGCUUCACAGGAAGAAGUGAACGCAACAGCUGGUUUGGCAGUAGAUGUGAUUGCUACAAGCUUUGGGCAGACGAGAGAAGGAGCACACAUUGUUUUUGAGAAUCUACCAACACCUAAUUCGCCGGAUGAAUCGGAAAAUGAAGAGCAAGUCCGGCUUUAGGGUCUCCCAAGUGGCAUAGAUGCCACAUAAAGGGCAUUAUGUAUA